AGUGACAGCGCGGGAAAGAGUUUGUUUGCUUAACCUUUGAUAAUUAUUAAAAAGAUAAAACAUUAAUGGAAGAUUUAAGCGAAGAUUUAAUAGUAGAUGAUAUCGAAAAUGCUUCCAAUGAAUCCGAUGAUCAAGUACAAAUUACACCAGCAGAAGUGAUAGAAUUAAUGGAAGAAGCUUGGGUCAAUGAAAAAUUUGCACCAGAAAUUCUUCCCCAUAGAUCCGAAAUUGUAGAUAUUAUUUUAGAUCAGAUCAUAACGAUGGAGGAGAAUAUAAAAAAGCUUAGUAGCACAGAUUUUACCAAAAGUGUUUAUCAAUUGGAAGUAGACAGGCUUAGAUUUUUAAUUUCUAGUUAUUUGAGAACCAGAAUGGAAAAAAUUGAAGCUUAUGUAAUUCACAUUCUAAACGAAGAAUCUAAAAGACUUGAAAAUGGGGACGAAUUAUAUUUAAGUGAGCAAGAGCUUAAAUUUGCCAAGGAUUACUCUCACACAAUGAAACAGUACUUCGAAAAAUUGAUAAAAUGUUACCCAGGUAAUCAGUCUGACGCAUGGUCAGAUAAAAUUAUUGAACCAAACUUAAAUAGUUUUGUGUUUUUAAAAUCGAAAAACAGAGUGGAGGGAAUUUCAAUUGAAGAAAAUAAUCCAGAGAGUGAUCUAGUUGACUUUAAUAGUGGAUCUCAAAUGAUUAUUUCAUACAGUAGUAUAUCUGAAUUAGUGAAAAAAGGUGAAGUUCAUUUAAUAUGAUAAAAUUUUUAUAUUAGGUCUAUUUAAAACAGUUCUGUGUGUAUUUUAAACUUUUUUAGUGUAAUAUACAUAAUUUAAAACUUAA